UGCUGGAAGAAAUCGGGCCCCAAGUGUGGUCUCUGCUCUCUCAAGUGUUGAGGAGCAUUGGACGUGGUUUGAGAACCAAGUUCUGCGCAUUAGUGUCCAUCCUUUCAACUAAUGAUGACACUUCAGUUGUGCUUAAAGAGGACCACCCCUCCUCCAUUGGAUGCAGCCUUACUUCAGCUGUUAAUCAAGGCAGCAUGUCGGCUGAAACACCAAUCACACUGAAUAUUGAUCCUCAGGAUCUGCAGGUACAAACAUUCACUGUAGAGAAGCUACUGGAGCCACUCAUAAUCCAGGUUACUACACUUGUAAAUUGUCCCCAGAAUCCUUCCAACAGGAAAAAAGGACGUUCAAAAAGAGCCAGAGUCCUCCUAGCUUCUGUGGAGGAAGCAACUAGGAAUUUAUUAGACAAGGGAGAGAAGAUUGCCGAGGAAGCCACAGUUUUAAGGGAAGAGCUUACUACUGCACUUGAGGAAGUUCGCAAAGAAAGUGAAGCUCUGAAAGUAUCAGCUGAGAGAUUUGCAGAUGAUCCCUGUUAUCUCCCCAAAAGGGAGGCUGUGGUUCAAGCUGCCCGUGCCUUGUUGGCUGCAGUUACCAGACUCCUCAUCCUCGCAGACAUGAUAGAUGUCAUGUGUCUCUUGCAGCACGUGUCAGCUUUUCAAAGAACAUUUGAGUCUCUCAAAAAUGUUUCCAAUAAAUCUGACCUCCAGAAAACCUACCAGAAGCUUGGGAAGGAGCUGGAAAAUCUGGAUUAUUUAGCCUUCAAACGUCAGCAGGACUUAAAAUCUCCAAAUCAGAGGGAUGAAAUCGCAGGGGCCCGGGCCUCACUUAAGGAGAACUCCCCGCUCUUGCAUUCAAUUUGCUCAGCCUGUUUGGAACAUUCUGAUGUUGCUUCCCUCAAAGCCAGCAAGGACACAGUUUGUGAAGAAAUUCACAAUGCCCUCAAUGUAAUUUCAAAUGCUUCACAAGGCAUCCAGAAUAUGCUUGUCCCACCAGAAUCUAAGGCAGCAACACUGGGAAGUGCCCUUGAUGAGCUUGAGAAUUUAAUUGUCUUGGAUCCACUCACUGUGACUGAGGAAGAAAUUAGACCAUCAUUAGAGAAACGUCUUGAAGCCAUUAUCAGUGGGGCUGCGCUAUUGGCUGACUCUUCGUGCACUAGAGAUUUCCAUCGGGAACGGAUUAUUGCAGAAUGCAAUGCCAUUCGCCAGGCUCUCCAGGACCUGCUUUCAGAGUACAUGAACAAUAGUGGAAAAAAGGAAAGGAGUAAUACCCUGAAUAUUGCUAUAGACAACAUGUGUAAGAAGACAAGAGACCUUCGCAGACAGCUCCGUAAGGCUAUUAUAGAUCAUGUGUCAGACUCCUUUUUGGAUACAACAGUCCCACUUUUGGUUCUCAUUGAAGCUGCCAAGAACGGCCGAGAAAAGGAAAUAAAAGAAUAUGCUUCAAUAUUUCGUGAACACACCAGCAGGCUUAUAGAGGUGGCAAAUCUUGCUUGUUCCAUGUCAACAAAUGAAGAUGGAAUUAAAAUUGUCAAAAUUGCGGCCAAUCACCUAGAAACCUUGUGUCCACAGAUCAUUAAUGCUGCACUUGCUUUGGCGGCAAGACCCAAAAGUCAAGUGGUCAAAAAAACCAUGGAAAUGUACAAGCACACAUGGGAGAAUCAUAUCCAUGUCCUCACUGAAGCUGUAGAUGACAUUACAAGCAUUGAUGACUUCCUUGCUGUAUCUGAGAGCCAUAUCCUAGAAGAUGUCAACAAGUGUAUCAUAGCAUUGAGAGACCAGGAUGCUGAUAAUUUAGACCGUGCUGCGGGUGCUAUCAGAGGACGGGCAGCAAGAGUUGCUCACAUUGUCACAGGUGAAAUGGACAGUUAUGAGCCAGGAGCUUACACUGAAGGUGUGAUGAGAAAUGUUAACUUCCUUACAAGUACAGCAAUUCCUGAGUUUGUAACACAAGUGAAUGUUGCCUUAGAAGCCUUAAGUAAAAACUCUUUGGAUGUAUUUGAUGAUGAUCAAUUUGUGGACAUCUCAAAGAAGAUCUAUGACACAAUUCAUGAUAUCAGAUGUUCAGUCAUGAUGAUUCGGACCCCGGAGGAACUGGAGGAUGUUUCUGACUUGGAGGAGGAACAUGAGGUGCGCAGUCACACCAGCAUUCAGACUGAAGGGAAAACUGACCGGGCUAAGAUGACUCAAUUGCCUGAGGCAGAAAAGGAAAAGAUUGCUGAGCAAGUUGCUGAUUUCAAGAAAGUAAAGAGUAAACUGGAUGCUGAGAUUGAGAUAUGGGAUGAUACCAGCAAUGAUAUCAUUGUUCUGGCCAAGAAGAUGUGUAUGAUUAUGAUGGAGAUGACAGACUUCACAAGGGGCAAAGGACCACUAAAGCAUACAACUGAUGUGAUCUAUGCAGCUAAAAUGAUAUCAGAAUCAGGAUCAAGGAUGGAUGUCCUUGCUCGGCAGAUUGCUAACCAGUGUCCAGAUCCAUCAUGCAAACAAGAUUUGUUGGCUUAUCUGGAACAGAUUAAGUUUUACUCUCACCAGCUGAAAAUCUGCAGUCAAGUUAAAGCUGAGAUCCAGAACCUGGGAGGAGAGCUCAUCAUGUCAGCUUUGGACAGCGUCACCUCCCUGAUCCAAGCAGCCAAAAAUUUAAUGAAUGCUGUGGUGCAAACAGUGAAAAUGUCUUACAUUGCCUCAACCAAGAUCAUCCGAAUUCAGAGUCCUGCUGGGCCCCGGCACCCAGUUGUGAUGUGGAGAAUGAAGGCUCCUGCAAAAAAGCCCUUGAUUAAAAGAGAGAAGCCAGAGGAAACUUGUGCAGCUGUCAGACGAGGCUCAGCAAAGAAAAAAAUCCACCCAGUGCAAGUCAUGAGUGAAUUUAGAGGAAGGCAUGUCUACUGAACCCACUAUUCUACUCUAGUGCUUAUAUUACAAAGUCCUGGUGAAACACAGUGCU